AUGUCGUAUGCACCACCGAUGAAGCAAGGAAAGACUGGAUUUGAGGAGCCACAAGAGCAGAUUCACAAGAUCAGAAUCACUCUCUCCUCUAAGAACGUCAAAAACCUUGAGAAGGUGUGCACUGACUUGGUCCGUGGAGCCAAGGACAAAAGAUUGAGAGUGAAAGGACCAGUAAGGAUGCCAACCAAAGUUCUGAAAAUUACCACAAGAAAAGCGCCUUGUGGUGAAGGAACCAACACAUGGGACAGAUUUGAGUUGCGUGUACACAAGCGUGUGAUCGAUCUCUUUAGCUCUCCUGAGGUGGUGAAGCAGAUCACUUCCAUCACCAUUGAGCCUGGUGUUGAGGUCGAGGUCACCAUUGCCGAUUCUUAG